AUGGCGGAAAUGCCCAUUGUCCUCGAUGGAGGAACCGGUUUUCUCAAGGUCGGCUAUGCCGCCCAGAACUUCCCAGAGCACCAGUUCCCCUCGAUAGUGGGGCGGCCUAUCUUGCGAACGGAGGAACAGGCCGGCGACAUCGUGGUGAAGGAUAUUAUGUGCGGAGAUGAAGCUGCUGCUGCUAGAUCGAUGCUUCAGAUCAGCUACCCGAUGGAGAAUGGUAUCGUUAAGAAGUGGGAUGACAUGCAACAUCUGUGGAACUACACCUUUUACGACAAGAUGAAGAUCGACCCUACAGGCCGCAAGAUCCUCCUCACCGAGCCGCCGAUGAACCCCCCUCAAGAACCGCGAGCAGAUGGCCGAGGUCUGAGCAGCGGUGUGGUCGUUGACUCCGGUGACGGUGUCACACACGUUAUUCCCGUGUACGAGUCGACCGUGCUGAACCAUCACAUCAAGCGAUUGGAUGUUGCGGGUCGCGACGUCACCCGCAACCUGAUUGCCCUUCUCCUGCGCCGCGGUUAUGCGCUCAACCGAACCGCCGAUUUCGAGACCGUCCGCCAGAUCAAGGAGAAGCUUUGUUACGUUUCCUACGACCUCGAGCUGGACAAAAAGCUGUCUGAAGAUACUACCGUCCUCGUCGAAUCUUACACUCUCCCUGAUGGUCGUGUCAUCCGCGUGGGCAGUGAGCGCUUCGAGGCCGCCGAAUGCCUCUUCCAGCCUCACCUGGUGGAUGUUGACCAGCCCGGUAUGGCUGAAAUGCUCUUCAACACUAUUCAAGGCACCGAUGUCGACAUUCGGUCCAGUCUAUACAAGGCCAUCGUGCUCAGCGGUGGUAGCAGCAUGUAUCCUGGUUUGCCUUCUCGAUUGGAGAAGGAGCUGAAGCAGCUCUGGCUUACUCAGGUUCUGAAGGGUGACCCCGAGCGUCUGAAUAAAUUCAAGGUUCGCAUUGAGGAUCCCCCACGACGGAGACACAUGGUCUUCCUAGGUGGUGCCGUGCUUGCCAACCUCAUCGCCGACAAGGACGACAUGUGGGUAUCCAAACAGGAGUGGCAGGAACAGGGCGCCCGCGCGUUGGCCAAGCUCGGUCCUCGAUAA